UUUACAUUUUUUCGGAUGAUCUUUGUGUUUUUCGAAGAUUUUCGCGUGUUCGGGAACAAACAUAGGGAACCAGUACCCCGGGCGGAAGUUAGAAAUCAAGUUUCACCAUGGCCAGCUACCUUUUACCACAUUUACAAUCCAAACAAGAUGUUGACAACGUUAUUCGUCAUACCGAAGAACUCGUUUUAGUGUUGAGAUUUGGAAAAGAUGAAGAUCCAGUGUGCUUACAACUUGAUCACAUUCUGGCAAAGUCUGUGGACGAUCUUGGAAAGAUGGCAAAGAUUUAUACGGUGGAUGUGGACAAAGUGCCUGUGUACACAAGAUACUUUGACAUCACACUUUUACCUGCAACUAUAUUCUUCUUCAAUGCUCAACACAUCAAAGUUGAUUGGGGAACUGCAGACCACACAAAAUUCAUUGGUACAUUCCAAUCAAAGCAAGAUUUGAUUGAUGUUGUGGAGGUGAUAUUCCGAGGAGCCAUGAAAGGCAAAGUGAUGGUCCGGAGUCCCCUCGAUCCGACAACAUUACAGAAAUAUGACCUGGUUUAUAAGGACUUUUGAUGCAGCUGUAUCAAGAAUUCAACAUUUUUAUCAUUGUCAAUUUUACCAUGGCUGGUGAAAAGUGUAAAACUGAAACUGUUGGUGUCAGACUGUCUAUUAAUGUCAAAGACGUCUGUUGUUUAAAGUUUAACAGUGAUCUACACUUUCUACUAAUAGAGAUUCUUGACUUCUUCCUUCAUUAUUUUUAAGUUAAAUGAUUUCAGAUAUCCUUGAAUGUUUUAUGUCGGCUUUUCUGCUCACUUAAGUUCCAAGUAAAAGAACUCCUUUUUUAUAACACAAUGUAUUAGUUUUGAACAUUAGGAUAACGCUGACAAUGUUUUUUUGUUACUCAAUUUUUUUAUUUUUUAUUAAUGAAAUGACAUUGUUUAUUUUUCAUUUAGAGGGGUAAAAAAAGGUGUUCACCUUCCUUGGGGUUGCAUUUGAGGUCUCUAGGGUCAAGGUCAAAGUAACUGUUUCAAUAAAUAAAUAAAAACAAUUCAAAUUGAAUCUCACAACACAAGCUGACAUUCUUCUGUCAAACAUGGUUUUGUCGCAUUUCUGCAUUCCUUAUUAUUAAGAAUCUAAACAUCUGUUACAAAGAAUUCAGCCUUGUGUUCAGUCCUGUAGUAUUGUUUAUUUAGAUGGUGGGGCUAUUCAUUUUUCAGAGAUUACUAAAAUGUAAUGAUUUUUAUAUGCAUGGAUUUUUUUUAAAGAUACCUUUACCAGUAAAGCAUGUGUCAGAUAUAAUAAAUAAAGAAAAGGAUAAAAGAAGAUUUAUUCUUUUUAUUAACUGUUGUUAGUACAUAUAUUAUGACCAAGUCUGUGAUGACAGCCAUGUAAACGAUAAAGGUGCAAUAACUAUUGUAAUAAAUAUAUAAAAGUAUAAAUGUACAUGUUAAAAGUAUUAAUAAAAUGGUUCGAUGGAUGUUUGGUAAAUGAACAAUUAUUGUAAGUAUUUGCACAAUGUAAAUUAUAUGUAUUUAUUUAUGUUUGUUGUUUAUUAUACUGCUUUUGCCUUGGUAUUGAUUGUUGUUGCCUUGAUUGCUGUUAAUUGUAAUUAUGUAUUCUUAUCUUAAUGUUUCAGAUUACAAUUGUGAAGAAGAAAAAAAAGAUAAUAAA